GAUGGCAGAUAUUGAACACUGUAGCAUUGACAGCUCUCUGAAGAGAAGUAACUCAGCAUUACAGAAAUUCUCACUGGAGGGUUCAGACAGCAAUCGGUCUUUUGGCGUAAUGAUGACUUCAACUCAACUCGUUAUCAUUCUCUAUGUGGCAGCCACACUGUGGACUCGAACCGAAGGAGUUGCGUGUAACCUGUGCAUUUGUCUGGAAAACAGUCCAACGGAGAACUGUGUGCACGGUUUCUGCUACCUCUACCGCUCGACUCCGUACUGCAAUUGCCUCGGGACUGGGUUUAUGGGUAACCGUUGUCAUCUGCCAGUCUUGGCACAAACAAACAGUAAGAACUACAGAUCUCUUCAUGACAAAGAUUUCGCUUGUUGA